UCGCUGUCAGCCGCCGUCCCUCACCUUCUCCCCCUCGUUAUAUGCCCCAGGCUGUGCGCCGAAUCGAGGUAUUGAGGUUGGGGACAGAAUCGUUGAGGGGAGGAUGGGUUGAUAACGGCGUCGAUGGCGGUCCACCGGAUUCUUAGCCUCCGGCUUCUUUCCUACCUCUGCUUCCCUCUCCUACUCGGCUUCCGGUUCUACCGAUGCUUUACGUACCCGACGGAGAGCGCGAACCGCUCGACCCCGUCGUCGUCCCGCCCCGCGGCGGGCGUAGACCGGACCACCAAGAAACUGCGGAAGCCCUACACCAUCACCAAGUCGAGGGACAAGUGGACGGCCGAGGAGCACGAGAGGUUUCUCGAUGCCCUCCUGCUGUUUGGUCGUGAUUGGAAGAAAAUUGAAGAAUUUGUGGGUACCAAGACAACUAUUCAGAUUCGUAGUCAUGCUCAGAAGUACUUUCUAAAGGUACAGAAGAUUGGGUUAGCUGCUCAUGUGCCACCUCCUCAUCCUAAACGCAAAAUGGCUCAUCCAACCCAGCAAAUCACCCCCAACAAUGAGAUAGUAUCUGUGGAUUGCCUUUAUGCAUCUUCUCGAAUUCUUCCUGCAUGCUCUGUCUGGGAUAAUACCUCAAAUGAUAUAAAUUACACGUCCAGUGAAGCAACAUCUCUACCUGCUUGCUAUACCAUCCGUCCUGAUAUUGAAGGUGACAGUGGAAUAUUUGGCAAAACAAGCAUAUAUAGUCAAAACAUUGAUUGGAGUGGCAAUUUAAGUGGAUCUUUGUUAACUCAUCGGGCAACAAAACAAAGAAACCCGCAUCCAGUUGAAUUUACACACCACUAG